UUCACUGCCGUCCGACUCAUCCCAAACCAUCUCAAUUGGGUUGAGGUCGGGGGAUUGUGGAGGCCAGGUCUUCUGAGGCUCCAUGAUGGGUCUGGGCGCCAGCGAUUGAGUUUGGCGUGGACCCCAGCGCUGACCCCGAGCUUGCUCUGGCUCUGUGUGUGUCCAUGAAGGAGCAGAGACCGAGGCAGGAGGGGGAGGAGGAGGCUCGCCGGGUGGCUGUUGCUUCUGCAGCCGAUGUCACCACAGCGGACGAAUCCGAGGAGGCCCUGCUAAAGGUGUCGGUGUCUCACCCUGAGACUGGUGCCGCUGCAGUGCUGCCUGACUGCAGCAAUAUGACUGAGGAGGAGCAGAUUUCCCUGGCCAGAGAAGGUGCCCCCAUAGACACUGAAACUGCCAAGGAGGACGAUGACUAUGAUGUGAUUCAGGACCCAGAGUUCCUCCAGAGCGUUCUGGAGAACUUGCCAGGCGUCGACCCUAACAACGAGGCCAUCCGAAACGCCAUGGGCUCCCUGGCCUCCCAGACAGGCCCACCCAAGCCUGACAGCAAGAAGGACGAGGAGAAGAAGAAAUGAGGCAUGGGGACAGACAGAUUGACGAUACACAUGGGUUGCGUCCGAAAUGGCACCCUUUUCCCUAAAUGGUGCACUACUUUUGACAGGGCUCUGGUCUAAAGUAGUGCGCUAUAUAGGGAAUAGGGUGCCAUUUCAGAUGAAACCAUGGACAACCAGACAAAGACAUGACACAUAUAGGGUAGUUGACACUGACAGACUAACGCAAGAUUACAUACAGGACUGACGCUAAUGCAUGACAUGACUUACUGAUGAAGGACUGUCGACAACAUCCACAAGAAACCCACAAGCAAACCAAACGGGGAUGCCACCAGUCUUUACUGUCAUGAAAUUGGAUAUGAUCUUUAUAUCUGCAUAGAAUCUCAAAAUGGAAUAUCCAUCUUUUCCGGUUUCUCACUGAUUUACCCCAUCUUAACUGGCUGACUCGCUGACUGGCAUUAAGUGGUAUUUAAUGACAGGUCCCCAAGCUUGUAAACUAAACAGUAUCCUCCUUUCAUUUCUUCGUUUUUUCUAUUGCAAUAAAAAAGA